GCCGCCCGAGGGGAGUUUUGUGCAGUGUUUUUUCGGGUUUUUGUUUGUUUGUUUUUGUUUUCCCCGAAGAACAAUGGGCAAAAGUGGGCAUACAGUGCAAGACUUCAGGGAGUUGGGAUCACAGGGAACCAACGUGCAAAUCAUUUGGUCAUGCCCUAAAGAAGACCUAGAGCCAAGCGUCCUAUAAAUCCGUAUUUGUCUAUUUCUUCCUCCCGUCCUUAUGGGCAUUUUGUAAAUAGGAUGCUUUAUGGAUUCAGCACGCUUCCCCCUGGCGGCUACGGGCAUACAUUUAGGGGUACCCAUCACAUCUCCCUGUGGGCUGCAGCAAACCUGAUGAUUUAGAGCCACCACAAAACCACUGGGAAACAUGAAAACGAACCCCGUCAUCCAAGCUGCCAUUGACCUCACAGCAGGGGCUGUAGGCAUCUCCAAACAGGAACCCAGUUGAGUGCCAGACUAGGAGCUGCAAGACCCAGGUUCAAAUCCUCACUAAGUCAUGGAGCUUAUUAGGUGAUGUUGAGUUACUGUCAGCCUAACCCCCUUCACAGUGCUGUGGAGGCACUGCCUGCGUGAUUACUGGCCAGCCAUUCGAUACCGCCAAGGUGAAAAUGCAGACAUUCCCUGCCAUGUACCAAGGGCUUGUGGACUGUUUUGUGAAGACUUACAAGCAAGUGGGGUUUCGAGGCUUCUACAAGGGCACCACCCCGGCUCUGGUUGCUAACAUUGCCGAAAACGCGGUGCUCUUCAUGUGUUACGGCUUUUGCCAAAACAUUGUGAGGAGAAUCGUUGGACUAGACAGGAAAGCAGAGUUGAGUGACCUUCACAAUGCUGCUGCUGGCUCCUUUGCUUCUGCCUUUGCCACCUUGGUCCUCUGCCCCACAGAACUUGUGAAGUGUCGCCUGCAGACCAUGUACGAAAUGCAGUUAUCUGGGAAGAUCGUGCACGGACAGAAUACAGUUUGGUCAGUAGUGAAAGGUGUUCUGAAAAAGGACGGUCCCAUUGGAUUCUACCGUGGCUGGUCCAGCACUUUGCUGCGUGAAAUCCCAGGCUAUUUUUUGUUCUUUGGAGGCUAUGAACUGAGCCGAACGUUUUUUGCAUUUGGAAGGCCAAAAGAGGAAUUAGGUCCUGUGGCACUGAUGAUCAGCGGCGGUUUUGGUGGCAUGUGUCUCUGGAUUGCGGUAUAUCCCAUCGACUGCAUCAAAUCUAGAAUUCAGGUUCUUUCCAUGGCUGGAAAACAGGCAGGCUUCAUGGUAACGUUCACAAGUGUGCUCCGGAAAGAAGGUAUCUUUGCCUUGUAUUCAGGACUGAAACCUACUAUGAUUCGAGCUUUCCCAGCCAAUGGUGCAUUGUUCCUUGCCUAUGAGUACAGUCGAAAACUGAUGAUGAACCAGUUAGAUGUGUAAUAUUUUUUAUUGUAGACUAAUAAUUGGAAACCUUUAUAGGUCAUGAGAGCUGCUGCAAGAACAAAAUAAUAAUAAUCAUGUUUUAAAGAGUCUGGUUUUAUUUUUUAAAGUAUCUGAUGUUUUAAAUAAAUAUGUUGGGGUUUUUUCCCUAAACUUUUUGUGGUUACUUUGUGGUUCAUUGCCUAGACAACUGCAGAUAAUAAGAUCUCUUUAAGAGAGCUUGGAUGGUCAACUAAUACAAGAGUUAUAAAAGCAGUGCUGUGUUU